AAACGGGCGAAGACAAAGACUCAAAAGUUAUACUCAUGCCUAAAAGCUUUCCUGGCUUUCAUUUUCUCCACAAUCGGCCUAUUUUUCUUGCUAGUAGUUUACAUAAUUCUUGGUGGGUUUAUUUUUCAAGCCCUGGAGGCCCCAAACGAACGUAGGGUGAAUAGGGAGAUGACCCAGUUGAGAAGGUCAAGGGUCGAAUAUCUGUGGAACGUCACACUGGAAUUGAACACGUUACACCCUGCCAAGUGGAGCAAUGCUGUUGUUGAUGAUGAUGACGAUGAUGAUGGUGGUGGUGGUGGUGGCGGUGGUGGUGGCGGUGGACAGGAAUUGCAAUGGACAUUCGCGGGAGCCUUACUUUAUUCUAUCACUGUCAUCACCACUAUUGGGUACGGACACAUCGCCCCGAAAACAGACUGGGGUCGAAUUGUCACCAUGUUGUACGCCAUACUUGGAAUCCCACUGACUCUUUUCACCAUCACCAACCUCGGCAGCUUCAUGGCGACAGCUUUCAGGUUCACGUAUCGAAAUGUCUGCUGUCGACUCACCUUGAAAAAAUACAACAAACAAACAACGCUUCAUAGCAAACUUCGGCCGCAAACUUCACCUAUCUCUAAGAAGAGACGGAAAAAACAUCACAGCCCCCAGGACCACGUGACGUCAUCAAAUCACGACGUAGAUGAUUGGCGGAAGAGGUUCGACUUAAUCUUCUUCACGAGUGACAUCAAACAAGUGAAGGUUCCCAUCUACAUCAGCCUGCUGAUAAUUACCAUCUACAUUGCCCUCGGUGCUACGCUGUUCAGCUUGUGGGAGAAAAAUUGGAGUUAUCUGAUUGGCUGCUAUUUUUGUUUCAUCACCCUAUCAACCAUAGGUUUUGGGGAUUACGUUCCAGGAACAAGCUCUGACCAAUGGAAUUCUCAGGCGAAGUUGGUGCUGUGCGCUCUGUACCUCUUCGUCGGGCUGGCCCUUAUCGCCAUGUGCUUCGACCUCAUGCUGGAGCAGAUUCGGAGCAAUUUGAAAGAGUUCGCUAAAAAAAUCGGUCUAUUGACUAGUGACGAUGAA